UAAUUAGUUUAAGAGGUAGUAGACUGGCGGGUCUAGGCCAGGUAGAAAUAUGGCUUCCAUGGGUGAUGUUGCUAGAACAUAUUCUAUCACAGUUGAGAUUUGAAACGUUAUCAGUGACGACAUGAAACUAACUAUUAAUAGUAUUCGAAAUAAUCGUGAUAAUAGAACAAUCGUAUUAUUAAUGAUUUGUGAACAGUUUUUUUUUUUUUUUUUUUAUCAUUAACGUGAUCAUUGAUCAAUCAGAUGCUACGUUUCUUCGUUAAUAAAACAAAAACAAAAAAAACAAAAACAAUAUAAAUUAGAUUUUUAGGUUUGAAAAAAAAAACACGACUUUAAUAAUCAAUCCUUGUUACAAAUUCUUCUUCUUUUUCUUUUUUACAAUUUUUGUUGCUGUUGCUGUUGUUGUUGUUGUUUUUGAUUCUUUUGACGUCACAAAAAUCAUUUAAGAUAAAUCUCAUGUUCCAAAUUAUUCAUUUAAAUUGAUCGAUGAUGAAUGGACUACUGUGAUAUUGAAUUACUUAAAGGAUUUGUUGGAAGUAACACUUGAAAAGAUUUUCACUAAACAAAGAUGUCAAGAUUAAUGACCAUGAACGUAUUGUUCCUGUUGAUGUUAAACUUUGAUUGGGUCAUAAUUACAAUGGAGGAACAAUUAAUAUGUGGAAAAAAUCGUACACUAGUGGAAAUACCUGGAAAAGCAAUGUUGUCCGUUCUCGUCGAUCUAAACGAUGGACCAUUUUGUAACAUUACAUCGAUCAAAGGAUACGAAGAAAUGUCAACAGCAAUCUUCGUAAUACAAACCUUGAACAAAUUGGAAUACCUGUCUGAUUUAACUUUAGGAUUAAGGAUUUUCGACACGUGUCAAGAAAAUACAACGGUUUAUAAGCAAACUGUACAAGCUGCCGUUAAUAUGGAUUGUAUUGAACAUUAUGAAAUGGGUGUACUAGUUCCAAUUAUUUAUAACAAUAUACUCGAACCAUUGACAAAUUUUAGUGUCUUACCAAUUACUUUUUACAAAGAAGAAAAUUUAACAAAACCAUUGAUCAAUAUUAUGAUACAUUAUAUCAGUACAAGAUUUGAAUCAAUUGAUUUGUUGUUAACCAAUUCGAAUUUUGUGUUGGAUUAUUUUUUGGAUUCAACCAAAAGUUCGGGUAUUUGUGUGAAAAAUUAUCAAGAUAUACAAGAAUUGGAUGAUAAUGUUACGGAAGCUGUGAUAGUUGUUAUCGGUGAUAUGGAGGAUAUCAAACAAUCGAUUGAAAAAGGAGAAAAACUCGAAGGACCUAGAAAAACGUGGAUUGUUUUACCUCUCGACAGGUCGCAUGUUGAUGAAUCGAGCAUUUUACGAUUACGUUCAUCCUAUGGCUGUUGGUAGUAUAAACAAUCUACAAACAACAACACCAACAUUCUAUCCAAAUUAUUAUGGUAAUUCAAGCCCAGAUCCAAGAACAAUCAAUCGUUGUAGAAGUCCUGAUCCUAGAAGAACACCUGGUUACAAUAAUUAUGCUUAUCGUCCUGAGAUGAGAGAAAUUGAUAAUUCUUAUGGUGUACCACGUGUCUACGUUGAAAACAUUGACCCACAAAACAACAGUCCGAACGAGAGAAGCAACAUAGAUUCGGGUUACGCUUUACCGAAGUGUCAACAACGAAAGAACAAAAAAUUGAUAUUGGAAGAGAAAGAUUGUAUCGAGACAGACGUUUACGUAGAAAACAGAUUAUCACCAAACCGAAGGCAACACGAAGAAACGUAUCCUUCGAGGUGUGCCAGUCCGAAAUUGGGACAAACAGAAGCAACCAUUUGUGAGGAAGACGAAGACUCUAAUAUUAAUAGAAUAACACGAUUUUAAUUUAAUAUAUGUGUAUAUAUAUACAUCUAUAUAUUGCACACA